AUGGAUAAAGCUGAAAAUCGAGAUUCUAAUGCAGAAAUCAUUUUUCGAUCAGCAUUACCUCAAGGAAUUUUACAAUCGAACAAAUUUUAUUACGAUGAACUAGGCACAGAUCAAUUAGAAAAGUUCGUCAAUACGAUUCUUGGUACAGACUUUAAAACUAUCGAUAUCAAACAUCAACAUGUGGAAAGAGGUGCCGUUCACAAUGAACUGGAUCAACUUACAGCUCUCAAACUCAACCCAGAACGUAUUCGUUUGUUAUACAGAAUUAUCGACAACAAGCAAUUUCGAAAUCAAGUGCAAAAUACCAAAUUAGCAAGAAAUACAUCCAAUCAUUCACGAGAGUUAUCCUUAUUGCUUCGAGAUAACUUACAUCGAACACACGUAUUUAUUAUCAAUGAUAUUGAUGUAAAUCUCUAUUUCUUUCAAAAAAAAGAAACCAAACAAAGAAUCGAUCAAAUCGUUUUGCCAUAUAUCAGUUUCUGA